AUGUUUGGACGACAAACAUUUUUAGAAUCUGUAGAUAAUCAAUAUAAUGAAAGACGUAACGAAUAUAUUCGGCAAUUUUCCGCAAACCAAAGGCAGAAUGUACCAUUUAAUUCACUAGUGAAUAUACCAUCUUUAAGAAAUGAUGGAUUGAUGUUUGAUUUAAAUUUCAUUCUUCUGGAAGAUGAUCAUGGUCAACCAAAUAAUUUAUAUUUACGAACUAAUCCUGGGAACAUACCUAAUCGAUAUUUAUUGGAAUAUAUAAGGCAAAUGAAAGAAAGAUACCUAAUCAUGGAAAGAGAAUUAACAAGAACAAAAAUGUUGAUUCCUGUAAUUAUGCGUAACAUCAAUACCAUACAUCAAUCGUCGCAAACAGAUGUAAAUUGGAAACAAUGUUCCCUUACAAAAUAUGGACAUCUUUUUGAAACCUCUUCAAAAAAUCAAUAUAAAAGAAAUCAAGAGCAAAAUAAGAUUUUAUCAAGAAGAAAACAUAUGAAAAAAAAUAAAGAUUCAAUUAGCAAGAUUUUAGGUGAUCCAGACUGUAUGAAAUACAAAAAUUCGUCACAGAAUCAACAGAAUGAUAUUUACCCUAUAAAAGAGCCUGAUAGUAACACGUUUCAACGACAAAUAUUAACUGGCAAUUCAACUGCAGUUUGUUCGAUGCACAAUAUUGCUGUGAUUCUCCCACAGGAUUCAACUCAAUUGACCAAUUCAUUGAAAUACAAACAAAUUAAUUCUAAAGUGAAUAACAAAAUCCAUAAGCCUGAUUCUGAUGACUCGAAAAUUAUUUUUGGUAAACCGAGAAAACAUUUUGGUGGCUUCGAAACACAGAAGACGUCGAUGGAAGCAUGCCAAAGCUUCGACAAGAAACAUGAACCGGAAACGUCGUACUACACUAACUUCGAUGUCAAACAUGAAGAUCAUACGCAGACUGAACCUACUGUAUAUGCUCCAGAAUUUCGACCAGUAAUGGGAUCAAAGUUUAAUAGCGAUAUUUCCGAUCAAUCUACAUUCUACUGUCAACAACAGAAUAUUCCUGCCAGAGAAAAAUGCAUGUUUAAAAGAAACAAAUUUUUCGAAAAUACAGAUGCGCAUCGAAAAGAUAAUUUCGAUGUUCGUCAAAUACCUCAAAGUAAUCGCAAUUACUGGAACAACCACGCGAAGAAGUUAUCCUGUGAAAGAACGUGUUAUAUAAACGAUUCCUCGAGACAAUUCACGCGCACAGUACAGAAACAGAAGAAAGAACUACAUAAAAAAAUUCCAACUCCACGUAGUAAUGUUCAUACGGCUUACACACCUAUUAUGCAACCUCUCACGUGGAAUUCUAUGUUGGAUCCCAAUGGUUUUACCAUUCAAUUAUUAAGACUUGCAGUAUUACUUUACGCUCCGGCAUUGAUGCCGGCAUUAAAUUCAUUGAUUGCACGACAAAGUAUUCAAACGACAAUUCCAAUACUUUGCUCCGAAGGUUCAAAUGAUUUGUUGACGCAAAUUUUUGCAAUUCUGAGCAGUCAGCAAUGUGUUCCAAAUCUACAAUACACAGCAAGUCCUCCAAUCGAUGAAAAUUCUGGGCAAUUUCGAGACUCGAAUUCACAUAAUUUAUCAUCGCAAUCAAACUCGCUUUCUGAAAAUCUUUCGAAGCAACAGCAAGAUGAUGCUUGCAGUACGAAAACUUUCGAGAACAAUCAGUUUGAAAAAAAUUCAAUCGCUGUUAAUACUUCUUUAAAAACAUGUAACUGUAAUAAUAUGAAACAAUCGUUUUCGCAUUGUAGCAAAAAUACUUUGCACGACCAGGUAGAAGAAAAUGAAAGGUUGAUGUAUUCGUGGACAAACAAAACAUCAAAAUCCUCAGAAACAGUAGUGUUAGAAAAAUCAGUGUUACAAUGCGAACAGAAGGAGAAAAAUUCGGGAAAAGACUCAGAAGAUUCUGAACUCUCUCAAACUUUAUUGGUGCAAAAAAACACUGACGUUUGGGAUGCUCAAAAUUGGGACAAACGAUUGAAUUCUAAAAACGAUUGA